GAACUUUCCUCUGCAGGGUAUAUAUCCCCGGGCUGUGAGUGCAGGGAGUCAGACUUGCAGGCAGAGCGCAAAGGGAACACUUGGGAGAGACCAGUGCAGCCAACCCAGCUCUUUAGAAUGAAAAUUGCAAACGUUGAUCUCACUAUGAAACAGUUUCAAGGAGUGCCAGCUUGCCCCCUAUUACCGACGCCACCAUGUGGAUGAUCAAGCUUCUAGCCCUCAGCAUCCUUCUGGUUGUGGACGCAGCCGUAGACAAGAAGCCAGUAGUCGCAGACAAGAAGCCAGUUGCCGUAGACAAGAAGCCAGUAGUUGCAGACAAGAAGCCAGUAGUCGCAGACAAGAAGCCAGUAGCCGCAGACAAGAAGCCAGUAGCAGAGCCUCCAGUAGAGAAAAAGAUUAGCCAACAUGCGAAUGUGCUAGCCGACAAGAGUGCAGGCCUGGCUUUCAACCUCUAUCAAACCAUGGCCAAGGAUAAGAACGUGGAGAACAUCCUCCUCUCUCCAGUAGUGGUUGCCUCUUCUCUCGGCCUGGUGAGUUUGGGCGGACAAGCCAGCACAGCAGCCCAAGCUAAAGCCGUUCUGAGUGCAGACAAACUAAGCGACGAGCACAUCCACUCUGGCCUCGCCGAGCUGCUCAACGAAGUCAGCAACUCCACUGCCCGCAAUGUCACCUGGAAGAUAGGAAACCGCCUGUACGGCCCCAGCUCCAUCAGCUUCACCGAUGACUUUGUGAAGAACAGCAAGAAGCACUACAACUACGAACACUCCAAGAUCAACUUCAGAGACAAGAGAAGUACCCUGAGAUCCAUCAACGAGUGGGCUUCCCAGGCCACCGACGGCAAGCUACCUGAGGUGACCAGUGACAUGGAGAGGACUGACGGAGCUCUCAUUGUCAACGCUAUGUUUUUCAAGCCUCACUGGGAUGAACGAUUCCACCAUCAGAUGGUUGACAACCGUGGCUUCAUGGUGACUCGUUCCUUCACUGUGUCUGUUCCCAUGAUGCACCGCACAGGUCUGUACAACUACCUUGAGGAUGAGAAGAAUGGCCUCCAGAUCCUGGAGAUGCCACUAGCCCACAAGCUUUCCAGCAUGCUUUUCAUCAUGCCCCACCACGUAGAGCCCUUGGAGAGGGUAGAGAAGCUCUUGACAAGAGAACAGGUCAAAACAUGGGUUGGAAAGAUGACCAAGAAAGCGGUGGCUGUGUCUCUGCCUAAAGUCAGCUUGGAAGUCAGCCAUGAUCUCCAGAAACAUCUAGGUGACCUUGGUCUGACUGAGGCCAUUGACAAAACCAAAGCUGACCUCUCCAAAAUCUCCGGCAAGAAGGACCUCUACCUGGCCAGCAUGUUCCACGCUGCCGCCCUGGAGUGGGACACCGACGGCAAUCCAUUCGACUCCGAUAUCUACAGCCGAGAGGAGCUCAGGGCUCCCAAGCUCUUCUACGUUGACCAUCCCUUUGUCUUCCUCAUCAAGGACGAGAAGACCGAUUCCAUUCUCUUUAUCGGCAGGCUUGUGAGACCGAAGGGAGACAAAAUACGUGAUGAAUUAUAGUAUAUUACAGAGUUACAGGGCGGGGAGGCGGGGAGGGUAGUUUUUAAAACAAUUUCUGUUGGUUAAUGGAUCACAACGCGUUAGGUUCUUGUUUACUUCAGCAGAGCAUUCCACCAACGUAGGAGGUUGCACUAAAUUCCUUUGGGCUCACCUUCCAUAGGUGCCAACUGGUGCUAUAGGGGAUCAUUCCUAGCGGCCAUAUUAAGUACUCGGCAAGUGUCCUUGGGCUGGAGAUAUUUAUUGUAGGGAAGCUCCGAAUCCACUAUUUUGUAGUACAGGAAAUCUCGGAAUAUUUUGGGUACCAAUGGUACCAACUGGUUCUUCUCUCUGCCUAGAGGGUAUGGAUUGUGUUAGUUGUGGUGGGAGGAUGGGGAGAUCUAACACAGGGCUAAACUGCUGGCGCCAGAUACGAGAUACGAGAAUGGAUGAAUGGGGGGGGGGGGGGGGUGUAUGGAUCUAAAUAAUUUUUUUUAAAAACGUAAAAAAAAAAUGAUUUUGCUUUACUUUCACCAUGUGGAUUCACAAAAUCUUUAUUUUGUAAAAGUUACAAUGUUGUCUGAAAGGGACUGACCUGUGUGUGUUUUUGUUUUUUGCAAUAAACAUUUGAAAAAUAA